AUGUCAAUUAUAGUUACCAUCGAAAUUAAAUUUGUACCAGAAACAUAUGACCAACUAUUAUUGACAGACAGUGAGUCGAUAUGGCGUAUGACAACAUCAAUUUGGUUAGACGAAAUGAAAAUACAUCGUUCCAUUGAGCAUCGAUGUUUUGAUGACGACUGUUCAUUGAUGUCAAUCGAAAAUGCACUUUUCGACAAUAUUAAGAAGUUCAAUGGAUAUUCAACAAAUUUAUGGCGAACGUUAUCAAAUAUUCUCUUUGACGAAUUUAAUGACAGUAAUAGUACAAUGGAUUUAUCAUGUUAUGAUGGUAUACUUGAUGAUAGGGUUUCAUGUUUAAAGGAUUUUUGCCAAGCAUCGGGUACAUUAUCAAAAGAACCAACAAUGAGUUCAUGUUCUAAGAAAAAAAAUGGAAUAAAAUCAUCCGUUGGAGUACGCAUUACAUCAGAAAAAUUAACAAGUGUAAGUAAAUGA